AUGGCUCAAUCUGUUGACGAUUUAGUCAGUCAGGCGCUUGGAGACAUCGCCGGGCUUGACAUGCAGUUGGGCUCUUCAAGUUCCUCUGAUGGAGGUGUGCAAUCAGCAGCGGGAGGUGUGCAGUCAGCAGUUGGGAAGCUGGCGAUGAAAUUUAUGGAUGAAAAGACAGAUGAAUCAUGAUGUGUAGAAGUCCUCGUGACUAGUAUCUAGUAUCGAAGUGACAACUAGAACUAGAUGUUGAUCUGAUGUAUGUUCAUCUAGCAAACUAAGUAAAACGCAAUGACUAGAACUUCUUUUCCUUCUCCAAUCCCCAUUCUUUAUAAUCCCCAUUCUUUAUCUUCAUCUAGCAAAUGAUAAAGACAAGGGUAUAUGGUCUUUCGUGUGUAUGAUUUAUUCCUUCUCCAAUCCAUCGGCAUUCUUUUUCAUCUUCCCCCACCUCUAAGGUUCGGGCCGAUCCCGGCACAGCAGAAGUUCCACCUGCUAUGCGACAGCAGUUUAAUAACGUGAAACAGCACCUCGAGAAGAUGGCUGGCGCCGAUAAGAUCAAGGAGUGCCGAAUGUGGGUCGAAAAGAACAUCAAUCUAGGUGUUCAGCAAGUGCCAGGCUUCCUUUACGGGGUACUGAAAAAAGAGACGAAAUUUCAGACGCAAUUGCACUUGUUGUACGUGGUGCAUGACGUCCUGCAGUGUGAAGCAGUCCAGAAGCCGAAUAGUCGGCAUUGGAGAUAUAUACCGGUAAGAAUUUCUUACCGGUCCUAUAACGAUAUGAAGCAACUUACUAGUUCUUGUCAAUGUCAUUCUUGUCAGUCGAUACUUUACUAGUACUAGGCUAUGUAUAGUCCGAUUACAAUUGGAUUUGGAAUGAUGAAAGUAGAAACGCAAGAUGCAGCAGCUCUUGACCACCCGAAAAUUCCGAAUUUUCUCUACAACUAGUUCCAACUUGCUUCUUCAAUCUGAACGGAUUUGACACAGGCAAUCAAACCUUACUUACCUUGGAUGCUGCGCUGUGUGCACAAAACCGCAGACACGGAGGUCGAUAGGAAUAAAGUCCUGAACUUGCUGAACCUCUGGGUUGAACGAAAGUGUCUCACUGAUACAGAAAAAGAGGAGAUCAAGACGCUAGUUUCGACGGACGAGCAAUUGCCUGAGAAUAUGAUUUCCGUCAAUGGAACAAGUGAGUUCUUCGCGACAGGAGGUGGUGGUGGAUCAUUUCUAGCAGCACAGCAGCAGGGUGGACAUCAUCAACAAGCAGGCCUAGUACAACCAGGUCAUCAACAACAGCAACAACAAGCUGGUGGUAACUGGAAUGCUAUGUGGCAGAUGCAGCAGAAUGUAAUGGCCAACACCAUGCUCCAGAGUCCUGGCGGGAUCAUACAAGGAAAUGUCGCAGCAAUGCAAGCACAACAAUUCAACAACAGUAACUUUCCACCCGGACCAGGAGGAGGAGCGGCGCAAGGGGGCCAAUUUCCACCUGCCGGACAGAUACAACCAGGUAUAAUCGUGGGAGUGCCAGGUAAUAUGCACCAGCCUGGAGGAGCCUUUGGUGCACCUCCAGGAACUACACCGCCACCAGGAGUCCCAGGAGCAGUUCCGCCAUUGGGUCAUCAACUACCGCCAGGAGCAGUUCCGCCACAACAAGUCCCGGCACCUCCAAUGCAGAUGCAGAGGAGGACCCCCGAAUCUAUACCUGUGGGUUUACUCGCAACAAUGCUGAAGACAGUGAGUCAGAGAAAUCGAUCAUGGCAAACGGCUUUUUAUCCGUAUAAACCGUUGGAUGCGACGCUUACGCCACAGGUACCUUCUAGUCUAUUAACUUGAUUUCUUUUUUCGUUUUUGGUGGACGAUACAACAGCUUAUGCACGUACUAUCGAUGCGGCUAGUUGUAUCAAGAACUUAUUCUCGAUUCAACAUCCCAUCCCUACAUUUACAACAGCAACUCCCUCCCUACGAGCGUUUAUCCGACCGAUCCAGAGACCGGCUAAAUUCCUUCCUCGAUGAAGAAGACCGACUAGACCUCAAGGAGAAGAUGAGAACCGAGCAGCAAAAGCGGAGUGACGCUUCUUCCUCUAGCUCAGACAGCGGUGACGACAACUCAGAUUCCUCUAGCUCCAGUGAUAGUCGCAGUCCGAUAAGGGAUAAGAAGGUCACUAAACCCAGCAUCUUCGGUUUGGCACCUAAUAGUGGGAGACCGCUUGGAGCGAGUUGAGGGUGGGUGGAGCUUCUAGGACACAGGGUUUAGCCCGCUCCUUUCGCCACAUGAAGUAGAUUGAACGCACUGUAUAUCCGCACUUCUGAAUAGUUGUAAGUACCCAUUCCCGGCCCUGGUAAGAAACUUCUAUGUACGCAGCAGCUACCCAUUGUUUUUCCCCUAUUUUGGCUCUCUUUAUAAUUAAAUCUCAUCAUCUUCAUCUUCUUUUGGAUUUUUGAAACCACAACGACCAGUGUCGUUGGUCCGUAUCAGGGAAGACACAAAAGUGCUGUUCGCUCCAUUUCAAUGACCGUGCUUUCCCAAAACGAGAAUGCAAAUCACAUCAAGAUGCUACGCAAAUCCAAAUAUAACAUUGAUGUUUAAAUGCGCGUACACGCGGGAGGUGCUCCUCCAAGCUCAAAGAGGC